ACAGAGCUCACAGACCUGCACUGUAACAUAUCAUGUUUCAGAGACUUAUAAACAAUCCUUCUUCACAGAUUGGUAUAUGCUAAGUAAGGUUUAUCAGAGACAAAUUGCCACAUAUCCUGUACUUCAUUUGAAAUGCAAAUGGAAUUUGCCUUUUGACUGUGAUUGCCGCAUUAUUAGAGAUGGAUAUCUGAAAUGAUGGCAAAGAUUUAGAAGUUGAAAACUUGCAAGAGGUAAUGAAAGAGGAUUUUAUAACAGCUGCAAUGUCUGACCACGAUGGCGAUGAUGAUGAAGAGUGCUGGAAUGCCCUUGACAGCUAUCGGGUGAAACUCAUCUCAGUUAUAGAACCGUGUAGAAUAACACCAUAUCUCAGGCAGUGCAAAGUUCUAAACAAUGAUGAUGAAGAACAGAUUUUAAAUGAUCCUAAUCUGGUCAUUAGAAAACGAAAAGUAGGGGUUUUGUUGGACCUCCUACAGAGGAGAGGACAUAGGGGUUACGAGGCUUUCAUGGAGAGUUUGGAACUUUACUACCCUGAAUUGUACAAGAGGAUAACUGGACAGGAGCCUGCCAGGGUCUUUUCUACAAUCAUAGAUACUGCAGGGGAGUCCAGCUUGAUGCACCUCCUUAUGAAUGAAGUUACAAAGCUGCAGCAUGCUGUGAAAGCUGAACAAAAGAGAAACAAUGAACUGAAACAAGAGCUGGUGGCCAGGGAAGAUGAAAUUAAACAGCUGAAGGUGAAGGAAAGUGAGUUACACAAACUCCAAGACAGAGUGAGAAAAAUGAAAGAUGAGAAGGAGAGUGUCAGUGAAGAGUUGAAGAAAUGUAAAGAGGAAAGCUAUGAUCUUGCUAUGAAAUAUGCAAAACUGAGUGAAGAGAAAAAUGAAGCAUUAAUGAGGACUCGUGAUCUGCAGUUGGAGAUUGAACGUCUAAAACAUCACUUGAUGAAAGCAGAGGAUGACUGCAAAGUGGAAAGAAAACACACUAUAAGGUUAAGGCAUGCAAUAGAGCUGAGGCCAAGUCCAGAGGCAGUCUUGGAGACUCAGAUGGAGAAUGAUCUUCUGAAAGCUAGAAUUAAGGAGCUGGAAACUUCCAAAAAGGUUGAUAAUCAAGCAGAGAGUGAAAAGGAAAAGAAAUACAUUCAGACUCUUGAGGAUGACCAGAGAUUGGCAUGGGAACAACACCAAGAGCUGGUUAACACGAUUUACAAUCAACGUAAACAACUAAGGCAAACGGAGGAAUUACGAGACAAGUACAUUGAAGAAAAAGAGGUUUGCGAGCUCAAGUGCAUGACUCUACAGAAAGACUCUGAAAUGUACAAAGAAAGAACUGAAGCCAUUUUAAGGCAAAUGGAAGAAGUUGCAGCUGAACGAGAUGAGGCUAUUAGAACAAGGGAAGAGUUCCAUAAGCAGUAUUCAAGGAGCUUAAUUGAGAAGGAUGCAUAUCGGAAGCAAAUACGUGAACUGGGAGAAAAAUGCGACGAACUUCAGAUUGAGCUGGUCAGGAAGGAAGCAGAUAUUCUUUCUCUAGAAAUGAAACUGAGAAAGCUAUUUAAGGAACCACUUACUCCGACUUCUGAUUUUGAUGACAGUUCACCAAGAAAUUCUCAGGUGAUACAGAAUAUAGCAAAUGGUGAUUUACCAGGACACCAAAAGUGUCGCAUUAAAAAAAAAAUAUAUGCAGCAUAUCGAAGGAGACGAAACAUAAUGUUAAGAAGUACGUCAAACCAAGGAGUGGACUGGGAGAAUGUAACAGGAAGUGACAACACAGAUACUGAUGUUUCAUGAGAAGACAAAACCUGGCAUAAUGGACUGAAAUCGAUUUUAAUGUUAAACACCAGUGUUUCAUGAGAAGGCAAGAAAUGGCUGUACAGACUGGGAGCAGUUUUAAUGUUAAGCACAGAUGUUUUGUGAGAAGGCAUGAACUGACAUCACAGACAAGAGCAAUUUUACUGAAAAGUAAUAUCAUAUAAAACAUUAUUCUCUGAAACUGCAUUUUACAGACACUCUUGUUUAAACCUGUUUCAUGUAAAUACCGUAGUCUAUGUUUUUUCUUUUGUGCUCCAUUUCCCAUUAGAAAUGCAUAUGUCACACUGCUUAGUUAUUGGUAAGUUAAAUAUAGUAAAUGUUUUAUUUGUAAUUUAAAAGGAUGUAUAAUGCAAAGAAUUCUAGUCUCAUGACUGCAUCAUUUUACCUUUUUAUUUUUUUGUGAUAGGCUUUUAAGGAAGAUCACAUACAUUACCCAGUAACAGAAACCUAACUCACCAGCUAAGCUGUUCACAAGGAUCAGCAUAAUUUUCUACUUUUUUACUGAAUAAUUUUAGUUAAUACUAAACUGGUAUAACCAACAUGGCUGACACUAUGCAGUUCCCUUAUGCUUCAAGAAUGCAGCGCUAUACUUCUUCCCGCUGUAGAGUAUGAAGGGAGAGAAUGCUCUGUAGUAUUCUUAUGGGAAAUGGAAUCCCAUAGUACCUUUGUGAUAGUCAGCAAGGUUUAAUAAUAAACAAAAACUGCUCAUGAAAGGAAAGUAGAAAAUCAUGUUUUCUUUCCUCAGAUACUUAUUUAAAGCAUGAGUUUCUAAGAUCCAAGACUGCAGAUUUAUGAGAUGCAUUUCUUUUUGAAGUAACUGUUAUAAAAUUUUAAUACUGAAUUAAAAUGAGACAUGGUGUGCUGCAAGGUAGGCAGUACCACAUUAAUUUAAGCAGUUGGUACCAUCUGAUUUUAAUAGUUUGGCUGCAUUAUUGCAGUGCAUUUUUUCACUACAAUGUGAGAACAGAAUCCUGUUUUUUUUUCACUCCACAGAUACACUUCUAAGAAGAACAGACUCAGAGAUGUAACUCAAAGAAUAAGGCUAAUUUCAGUAAUUUAUGCACAAGGUCUAUUUUUUCCCUUCCAGUGUCUUAAGCAGCCCCUGUUUCAUACCUUGUAGUUCUUCAUGUGGAUGCAGUAUUAAGUAACUGAUGCAAAGAAUAACAGUAACAUUUCAUCUUUCCUUUCAGUUUUGCUCAGGUAGAGUAAAACAAUAUUUCAUUGUAAAGGGUAACUUCAGUGAUGUUGAGGUUGUAACCCUGACUACAGUGCAGGCAACCAGUGUCAAGUAGUGGAUCUGCUAUUCAGGUAGCCAGCCAGGAAAGGUAGGGAUAAGCAAAUGAUGCCCAGUUCUGGGAGGUCAGGGAAAAUGAGUAAGGUAUUCCACAGAAGGAGCACCCUGUAAUGGAGACCAGAAGGGGAGAUCUAGGUAUACAAUUGCUGGCUAUGUCUGAGGACAUGGAGACAAAAAUGAAGUGGGCAUUUGCAUGCAUUUCACAAUUUAUAAGAACAUUAUAGAGAACAUAUUAAUAAAAAAGUACUGGUUGUUCUUUCCCACUACAGUAAUAAGAGUGGGUACUGAAAUGCUACUCUCAAUGGAAAAGAUGGACACCUCCACAGGGUGAUUUGGGAUACUAUAAUGGGUAGGAUGGGAAAAUAAAAGUGCCCUUUGGGUACUGGUUUCUAGCUGGUCAGCAAGACAAUGACAAAAUAAAUGUCAUUUUGAAUAAUAACACCACCAAAUUUGGAAAGUAAUGUAACAGGAACCUGAAAGAUCAAGUCAUUUUUAUAAGGGAAAGGAAAUGUUUUUGUUGAUUUCCUUUAGCAGGUAAUUUUAUUUAUUAUUAAACCCUGAUUACCAACCAGGUUGACACUAUGAAGAUAUACUUACUGUUAGAAUAUGAUGGUGCACUUACUUUCCCCAUUAUAAUAUAUUGAAGAAGAAAAUCUCAAAGAUUCCAAAAGUAAUUACACUUGGGUUAGCAUGAGGUCCUAAGCAGUAUCUCUUUGCCAGAGUCCAAAAAAAAAAAAAAAAAAAACCUGUCAGGUAGCCCAACCUGUGUAGGCCAACAAGGUACCUCAAAGCCCUAUACACAACUUCAAAAAAGGAAUUAAGUAAGCUGUGAAGUCUUACUUGGCUUUUAAUUCCAGUGCAGAAGCUUUAAGUGUCAAGAUUGCCCAUUAAAGUCAAGGGAAUUAUGCAGCAUAUAUAUAGCUAUACCUGUUCCUCCGAACUGGUAUUACAAGCAGUAACUGAUACGCCGACCAAAUGCUUGCCGUACAUUUCUGGUAUACAGCUAAUACCUGCAAUACCAAUUUUGGCAUACAGUUUGAGCUGUGCUGACACAGGUAUGAUGUUAGUUUAGGCCGUGCUGACACAGGUAUGAUGUUAGGUUAGGUCGUGCCGACACAGGUAUGAUGUUAGGUCAUGCCGUGGGAGGACAGUGCGCAUGAGUGGUAGUGUGUUUUGUAAGUCACUCCAUUCAUACCUUGAAGGUGACUGAAAACACAUGUCCAAAGUUGGGCUGCACUCAUACAGGACAGUCCCACAGCUUGGUAAGCUAUGUUUAUCCACAAAUAACCCCAGCAGCUCCCAAUGCUGUAUUAUGAGCCUUGUGGUUCUAGAGUUGAAUGUUAUAAGGUGUUUACUUAUUUGGUGUGACAAUAGCAGAGGAUUUCAUGCUAAACUAGGAAUAGAAUAAAGAAGGCCUUUUUCAGAAUCUGGGCCUAGAGUUGCAGUUCCAUCAGCCUCCUUGUUAAUCCAGCCCUGCCCCCAGUGAGCAUUUAAAGUCACUUUGUUGUGUACACCUCACUGGCUGUGAUAAAAAAAUAAUGUCUCUCAAUCUAUAAAGGGAAAAAUCAGAGACAAAGCCAAAAAAAUAUGAGGAACACAAGGCUCAAAAUCAGGAACAGAUUUGAAAUAUUGUUAUUAUAUACUUAUAAAGUUGCUAUAUUAACAGUUUCAUGUUUCAGUGGAAUACAUUUUUGAAGGAUAAGAAUUCUAAAAAUAAAAUGUCUUUUAUUAUUUAGCCAUUGCAGCAAUCCUCAAAGAUGUGCCAAAAUUGUUUUUAGGAUGAACAGAGCAAAAAUACGAGGCACAUGACUCUCAACUUUUUUGCUCAAGAACUUUGGACAAAGCCAAAAAUAAUGGCAACACAAAGGUCCAAAAUCAGGACAAUUUAUCAAUAUUACUCUAAUUCACUUAUAAAGUUCAAACAAUAACAGGUUUUGAAUCAAUAUUUCUUUUCUGAAUGAUAAGAAGUAUGCAGCUCUAAUGUCUGGCAUUACUGACUUACUGUAAUGUCUG